AUGACGACUAGCAGCAGCAGCGCCGCCAAGACUGUGACGCUCCGCAGCUCCGACGGCGAGGAGUUCGUGGUCAAGGCGGACACGUUCGCGGCGGCGUCGGUGCUGGUCCGGAACAUACUGGAGGAUGACUGCGCCGGCGGCGCGAUCCCGCUGCCCCAGGUCACCGGCCGCAUCCUCUCCCGCGUCAUCGACUACUGCGACCACCACUACGCCGACGCCGACGCGGCCACCUACGUCGCGGAGCCCUUCUUCUCGGGCGACUCCGACCUGGAGCGCUUCGACACGGACUUCAUCGGCGGCAUCGACUUAGACACGCUCAUCGACCUCAUCCUCGCCGCCAACUACCUUGAAGUGCCGCGGCUCCUGGACCUGGCCUGCAAGACGGUGGCCGACCAGAUGAGGGGCAAGACCGUGGAGGAGAUGCGCGCGCACUUCAAGAUCGCCAACGACUACACCCCGGAGGAGGAGGCCGAGGUCCGCUCCGAGAACCCAUGGGCCUUCGAGUAG